AUGAUUGCACAACACUUCUGCAUAGUGUUGCUGUUGUUGCUAGCCUUUCCAUUACUAUGGGCCACUGAAGAUUAUUCUUCUUCCACCACCACCAGCGACAGCAUCAUCUUCACCACACUUGGCAGAGCUUUCUACGCUUUCGAUAUCUAUUCUCUCCCAAUUCACAACCCUCACAAUGAAUUACAACUCACUGACGGCCACUCCGUCAAUUUUAACGGCCACUUCAUUUCCAAUCACGCAUCCAUCAAACUCCCCACAGACCAAAACCCACCUCCUCUGCAACUCGUUUACGUCACAGAGAGAAACGGUUUUCCAACCAUAUACUACGACGCCGUUUACACAGAAUCAGAAAAAGAUAUCACUAACAGAAUUCAACUUCCUCUGUUACAAACAGAGUCUGAGUCUCAAGUUUCGAUCAAAGAUAAACCAACUUUAACUACCGAUGGUGAAUAUUUAAUCUACGUGUCAACACACGAGAAUCCUCGCGUGCCACGUGUAAGCUGGACGGCCGUUUAUUCAACUCAUCUGAAAACAGGUAAAACUAAAAGACUCACUCCUUACGGCGUCGCUGAUUUCAGCCCCGCCGUAUCUCCGUCUGGAAAAUGGACUGCUGUCGCUUCCUACGGCGGACAAGGUUGGUCCGGCGAAGUAGAGGAUCUCACUACAGAUAUCUAUGUUUUCCUUACUAAAGACGGAACUCAACGAUACAAGGUGGUUGAGCACGGUGGCUGGCCAUCUUGGAUCGACGAUCGGACUAUUUACUUUCACCGGAGAGGUAAUGAUGGUUGGUGGAGUAUUUACAGAGUGAUUCUUAGCGCUGAUUCUAUUUCUUCUGACUCGGUUAUCAUCGAACGAGUCACACCACCGGGUUUACAUGCUUUCACACCCGCAACCUCGCCAGGAAAUAAUAAAUUCAUCGCCGUUGCGACGAGAAGAGCUGAUUCUAGUUUCCGUCACAUUGAAUUGUUUGAUCUGGUUAACAACGAGUUCAAGGAGUUAACUCGUUUGGUCUCGCCUAACGUUCAUCAUCUCAACCCGUUUAUAUCACCCGAUUCAACUCGGGUCGGGUAUCAUAAGUGUAGGGGAAAGGAAAGUAGUAAUAGUAGUCCCCAGUUCUUGCUAGAGAAUGUUCAGAGCCCCGUUCCAAAUUUAACUCUCUUCCAGUUCACCGGUUCGUUUCCGGUUUUUUCACCAUCCGGAGACCAAAUUGCUUAUGUUGAGAUGCCUGGGGUUUAUGUUAUGAACCGGGACGGUUCAAACCGGCGUAAGGUUUCUGAUUCAAUGGCAUUCUCGACUGCCUGGGACCGGGUUCGACCCGGUGUAAUCUACACUGCAGUUGGAGAAACAUUUGCUUCGGAGAGCACGCAGGUUGAUAUCAUAUCAAUUGAUGUUGAUCGGAACAUUGUUAAAAAGUUGACUCAUGACGGAAAGAACAAUGCAUUUCCGUCACAAUCGCCUGACGGAAAACGGAUUGUGUUCCGUUCAGGUCGAACGGGGCAUAAGAAUCUUUACAUAAUGGAUUCAGUUGGCGGAGAGAAAAGCGGACUUAGAAGGUUAACAGAGGGUCCAUGGACGGAUACAAUGUGCAACUGGUCCCCUAAUGGAGAAUGGAUCGCUUUUGCAUCGGAUCGUCAUGACCCGGGGAGUGGAAGCUUCGAGAUUUACCUGAUCCACCCGAAUGGAACUGGCUUGAGGAAACUGAUUCAAAGUGGAUCGGGUGGUAGAACGAACCACCCGUAUUUUAGUCCUGAUGGAAAGAGCAUUGUGUUUACGUCAGACUAUGCUGGUAUAUCAGCUGAACCGAUUUCAAACCCGCAUGCUUACCAACCUUACGGUGAAAUAUUUACCGUUAGGUUGGAUGGUUCAGGUUUGACAAGAUUGACACAUAAUUCAUAUGAAGAUGGAACUCCUGCUUGGUCUCCCAAAUAUAUCAAGCCAGUAAAUGUUGAGAGGCCUAAGGGUGGACCUUAUUGUUCUUUUGAUGAUCUUCAUUGGCUCGACAACAUACCAAAUUACAUUGUCGGUACAGGGCUACAUGCACAGUGUGGUAUGUAAAAUGAUGAUGCCAUAAACAACUUAAGUAUGUGUUAUAGUAAAUAAUUGAGGGUGGGAUGUUAAAGUUGUAGGUUGAGGGUUUUUUGUUGUUAAUUUGAUGUUGGCCUUGCAUUCUGCCUUUGGAUUGUGCAUACUUUUUUGGUGGAUAUGUAAUUUGAAGCAGCAAUAUGAAAUGAAAAAUCAUUUACUAGUA